GCGCAGAGCGGCGGAGGUUUCCGGUAGGGAACCAACAUGCUGGCCGUCCUGCCGGCGCUGCUGCUGCUGCUCAGCUCCAGGCCGGCCUGCGGCGUCUUCCAGAAGCUUUACUGCAGCUUCUCCGACAGCUGCGACUGCGACUUCAAGCCCAGCAUCAGAGACUUGGAGUGGGAUCUGUACAAGAAUGUCUUCGGUCAGCACCUGGCCCAGGACCUGGUCGCAGAGGAAGUUUCCAGGUUUCUCCUCAAUAAGAACCCGGAUCGGCCCCUGGUUCUGUCCUUCCACGGCUCCUCUGGGACCGGGAAGACGCUGGUCAGCACCAUGCUGGGGAACCACCUGUACGGCUCGGCCAUGAGCAGCCCCUUCAUCCACCAGUUCAUCCCCACGCUCCACUUCCCUUCGGCCGAGCGCGUCGCUCAAUACCGGAAGGAGCUGAAGAGCUGGGUGAAGGGAAACCUGACGGCGUGCGGGCGCUCCGUCUUCAUCUUCGAUGAGAUGGAGAAGAUGCCUGCAGGCCUCAUCGACGUCCUGGAGCCCUUCCUGGGUCCGUCCCACGUCGUGUUUCGCACCAACUACAGGAAGGCCAUCUACGUCUUCAUAAGCACCGCAGGACAGGAGGCGAUACACCGGCUGGUUCUGGAGAACCGGCUGGCUGGACGGGACAGAGACGAGAUCAAACCGUCUGACCUGCAGGACGUCGUCCAGCAGUCGGUUUACAGCAACAAAACCAGUGGGCUCUACCUGUCCAGCAUCGUCCAGCAGAACAUGGUCACUCGCUUCGUCCCCUUCCUGCCGCUGACUCGGACCCACGUGGAGCGCUGCGUCCGCGCGCAGCUCUGCCAGCGCGGCAGCUGUAACCGUAGCGACGUGGUGGAGGCGGUGGGAGGAGACGUGACCUAUGACCCCGCGGAGGGACACUACUUCUCCACCACGGGGUGCAAGGCGGUCGCUGCAAAGAUCAGCUUCUUCCUGUAAGCCGCAGCCGGACGGUUCUGGUUCCACUGGGAGGAAAACGCCUCCGAUCCGCUUUCAGGACCCAGGAUUUGAACCGACGACCCGAUGCUCAUGGGUAGCUGGAGGGAAAAGCUGUCUGAAGGCAGAAAGCAGCAGGAGGAAACAAACCGCAUCAGGGUUUGGUGGCUGCUGCCUCUUCUGGGUCUGAACCAGGAAAAAACUGAAGUUUAAAGAUUCAUUUCAGAAAAAAUCAAAAAUUCACCAGGAAAAAAAUCAGAAAUUUGAAAAUCGAUCUCAUAAAUUUUCAAUAGACAAUCUGGAAAUUUCUCACUUUGAAUAGUGAGAAAUUUGUUGGGAUUGUUUUCAGAUGAACUUCUGAAAUUUUCUGGAGAAACACUAAAGUCAAACAUUUGCUAGAAAAACAUCAGAAAUGCUGAGAUUAUGUACAAGAAACGUGGAAAUGUCUGAGUCUCAAAGGUCAAACAUUUUUUACUUUUGGAGCUCAGAAUCUUGUUCUUUCUAGAAAAUUUUUAAAAUUAAUGUCAAAAUUUCUAAUUUUUUUGGCAGACAUUUACUCUUCCUUUUUCUCCUAAUACUCCGUCGUACUUCUACCGAGGACCAAACCUGAGACGACUGUCAAAACCUACAGCUCUUAAAAAAGCUGCAGCUGCUUCAGGUCAUCAACUUAUUUUAUUAUUUAAAUUAUUUUUGCUUUGGAAAAUUGUCCGUCGGUUUUCAGACGCCUCACAGGGUUCAGUGAAGAUUUUUGAUUUCUUUGCAGAGGAACACAGACUCUAUGGCUUUAUUUUAUAAGUUAUUAUUAAACUGAAAGGGAUCAGAGAUUUUAAUGAAACUGUUUUAAUUUCAAGAUGCUUAAACCAAAAGACGGUUUUUCAGCUCAGAUUUUCACUGAUGUGCAGUGAAAUAUUGUUUUGAGAUGGAGGGAAACGAAUGAGCCAAAUAUAUUCAGAUGAAGAAAUGAGACGGCGUAUUCGGGACGUCGAAGAUAAAAUAAUAAUUUCCCAAGAAGGAGUACAAACAUUUUUUAGAUUAAUUUCUCAUAUUAACAACAAAAAACUUGGAAAUUGUCUCAUGGCCAAAAGGAAUAAGUUUGCAAAAAAUAACAAUUGUCCAUUAUUAAAGUUAUACCUUUAUAUUAUAUUAUUAAAGAUUAUAAAGUCAGGCAUUUCUGACAAAAAAAUGACAAAAGUUUUGAUUGAAAAGAUUUUUUGAUCAUUUUGAGUCUUUUUUUUUUACAAUUUUCUAACUUUCCAAAGUCAAAAAAUAUCCAACUUAUGUUGUUUUAAAUGUAUGUCUUUAGUCAUGGAAAAUUGACCACUUCUUAGUUAAGAUUUAUGAAUUUUUGACAUCAGAGAGUUUGCAUGUUUUUAUGAUAAUGGGAAGUUUUAUUAUUUUUAGUUUUUUCUUAUGUUCAAUGGCUCUAAUACUCUGUCACAACCUGAAGGGACAAAACUAACUAAAUAAAUAAACAAAUCAUUAAUUAAAUGUAAUUAAAUAUUUUUUAGAAACAAUUUAAAUGUAGUUAAAUCAUUACAAAUGCAAACUUACAAUAAUUAUUUCAUGGUGAUUUGAAACACUGUGGCUGCAGAUUGAAACAAUUAAAUGAAAUAAUUAAAUGCAUUUUUAAAAAUGUGUAUCGGCUAUCAUGAGUUUGCAUUUUAAUGAUUUAAUUAAAUAUUCAAUUGUCUACUCCAUAAACUAUGAUCUAUUUAUUUAUUUAAUUUUGCCCCUUUUGGACUUCCAUAGAAUACCUCAAGUAGGAUUCAAACGUUUAGGAGCUCAUCUCUAUUCUGCCAGCAGAGGGCAGCAAAGACCUUUUUGUGCCAAAAGUGGAAGAUGAGGUGAGGAAGAGUUUACCUGUCAGUUUUGUUCAUAUGCUUGCCCGUUCUGAUCUGUUGUGUGUGUGUGGGUGUGUGUGUGUUUCCUUCUGAUUGAACCGUUUACAGCUCAGAACUGAGUGUAGAAGGAAAUGAUUCUUCAGUGUCUUAAAUAAAUCAUCGUUUGAGAACAGAAUGUUUCCAAAGUGCGGUCCGGGGGCCAUGUUUGGUCACGCUUUGAAAUGUCAGGUGCAACAUAAAGUAUUCAUUCAGGUUUUGCUUUCAGUUUCAUUUCAUUUAUUAGUUGUAUAGAUCCAAAAGCAUCUUCGCUAAAAUGCAAAAGACAUUUUGAACUUUGCAAAAUAAAGCAAAACUGAUUCAUA